AUGCAACGAAUUAGAAACAUGUUGAUGAAUGUCUCAAGUCACAGUACACCACUACUAAAGACACGGUUAUGUCGUGUAUUUUCAUCAAUCUCUUGUCUCCAUACAGUCGAAUUUACAACGCAAGUGACUUAUUCUUGUGUGUCAAAGCACUUGAACGUCAGUUAUUACCACAGUCGGAGCCAUUGUGAUAAUACAAAAGGAGAAGGCAGUGAGGUUGAUUGGACACUAAAGCAAGAACAUCAUGAUCAGAAACAAGAAGUUGAAGACACGAACUCGUUCUCACGUGAGUUUGAAAAGCCGAGAAUGGAUGCCAGUUUUUUAGUCAACAAUUACACAGCACCGGCACUUGCUGCUGCGUAUCAAGACCGUGAAUAUACAUUGUGGCUCUGUGCUGAGCUACUGAGUGAAGGCAAAUUGGACCAGCUUGAAGCUGUGCUCAAGCCAUAUCACGACUUUGAUCAACAUGAGAUGAAUGUACAGAGGCAAACACCACUUGCAAAGGCAUUUGGACAACGCCACCUUGAACGCAUCCGCAAGCGACUAAGCCGACUGCCACGUCAGAUUACUAAGGCAUACUCGGCACGAGCAGCAGUCGUCAUUCCGCUUUGUCGUUUUCAAGGCGAGCCAUCUAUACUCUUUACAUUGCGUUCACUCACUGUUGGCAAACACAAGGGCGAAGUUUGCUUUCCAGGAGGCAUGGUGGACGCCAAUGACUCGUGUAUCGAAGGCACGUGUCUUCGCGAGAUGAGCGAGGAGGUUGGGCUUGCACCUACCGGUGUAGAUGUCCUAGGCGUUCUUCGCUGUGACUGGUCCAGUGUCACGUCGAUUACAGGCAUUGCUGUUACGCCAGUAGUAGGCUAUAUCGGCGAGAUGAGCGAUCAGACUGUGGCCAUUAACGAAGCUGAAGUAGAGUCCCUCUUCACCGUGUCGGUGCGUGACCUUAUGAACCAGGACAAUUGGAUUCGUCACAGUAACGCUACCCCGGUCUUUACGGGUGGCCCGCACGUUAUUUGGGGGCUGACAGCCUACCUACUGGACAUUUGCCUAUCCGAAGUUUUACAGAUCAGUAAAUAA